AAUGUCAUAAUUCAUUUCAGAAAAAAAUGCCAACAGGGAACCAAAUUCAACCCAUUUAGUGCAAAUUUUCAUCUAAUUAAGUCACUGUUAUAUAAUAAACAAAUGGGCAAAGACUGAGAAUCAAAUAAACUAAACCAGGAAGGAUCUUCAUAUUGGUUUCUCUCUUUUCAGGAACAAUCCCCACCAAUACCACUUUUCUUUCUCAAGGGAAGGAGAUUUUGGAAAACCAACCUCAAGCCUCAUUCUUUGUUCUUUGAAGAUGGUGCAAAGGAAGGUAUCCAACCAGCUUGGAAUUCAAGCUGAUCAUGUUAAAUCAGAGAAGCGGUUGGUGAACAUGAAAUCAUCUUCUUAUCAGCACCAGGAUGGCAAGAAUAGAGGGCCUGACAUAAAGAAGAAGAUGAAGAAGUCAAGAUCGAUCAAGCUUUCAUCAUCAACUUUGAAACAGACUAUCUCACAGCCUGGAAAGCCUCCUCCUGAAAUUGUUUUAAGUGUUGCACCCGCCCCUCAAAAGCAGUCUCCUGUGACAUCAACUUAUGGUUCACCAAAUUAUAUGAAGUCCACCAGCAGUUCAGAGGCUAGGAAGGAGAAUUCUCUGGUGAGUUCCCGGUACUCGCAAACUAGUUUUGAUAUUAAGAAUCAGCAUAGAAGAAACUUAAGUGGUUCAAAAGUUAGCUCUGUUUCUGGUACUAAACCAGCUAGAGCAUUGACAAAGUCAUCUAGUUUGAAGAUGGUAAGGACUUUAACAAAGGCCCCCACUUUUAAGAAUGGGAGAGGUUCUGCAAGAAAAUGUUCUAGAGUUGUUCUCUGUGCAGAUAUGGACGCACAGAGAGCUACCUGUUCUUCAACUCUGAAGGACUCAAAAUUUCCUGAUUAUCUUAUGCUUAGUCCUGGGGCAACUGAGGCUGAAGGAACUUCAGCACUGAAAGUGUGUCCUUACACUUAUUGCUCUCUUAAUGGUCAUCACCACACACCUUUACCGCCAUUGAAGUGCUUCUUGUCGGCAAGGAGGCGAUUGUUGAAAACACAGAAGAACAAAAAGCUGGAAGCUCUAUCCCCACGUAGAGUGACGCCAGUUGUUGAAGGAGCGGAAGGAGUUGAUGGAGGGAAGGUGAUUUUGUAUGACACUUAUGCAUGUAAGGAAGGAGAUUCAGAUUGCUCCCCUAUCUCUCCUCUCAUAAAAGAAGGGAGCAUGGACUUUUUCAUUGAAAUCUAUGCUAAAAAUAAGGAAGGCAAUGGUGAGUCUCCUUUUGGAGGUUGCGAUGGAGCAAAAGUAGAGCACGACAAUGACAAACAAGUUUCUCAGAGCGUCUCCGAUGGAUCACCACGCUCAGAGAUAGAUUUUGAGGAAAAUCUUGAACAAGAUAGUCAUAUCAUUCCAACAGGAGUUGAUAUCAUACAGUGUUUCCCUAAAGAACAAAAAGUGGAAGAUCCAGAAAUAGACUACUUGCCAAUUGCAGCUCAAAAUGAAGUAGCUCCAGAAAGUUAUUACAACGGAAGUGAUUUUGAAGAGGAAUGCAGUGGCAGCUCCCAAGGGAAUGAUAGUAUUUCUGAAGCUUCUGACAUGGAGUGGGAGGGUGGCCAAUUUUUAACGUCCGAUCUUGGUACAGAAGCCAACUAUUCAACAAAAAACUAUAUGGAAUCUGAUCCAGCUGAUGGGAAAUCGUCAGACAUCAAGAAUCGUGAUUUUCAUGAUGAAGCUAUCAUCAAAUCAGACAACACUGUUAUUCAUUGUGGUGAUGAGAUUGCACCUGAUGAAGUUUUCGAAGAACAAAGUGCUUGCUUUGACUCACAGCACGAUGACAGUGAUUCUAAAAUGGAGGACUCAGAUCAAAAUUUUGGGAUUGUUGAAUCUAGCCAAGUGAUCAUGGAGGAAGCUGAGACAGAUUUGGCAGGAGUUAAGGUCACUGAUGCUUGGCCAGACAUCCCAAUAGCGGAACCAGCAGCUUUUACUGAGGAAUUGGAGGUGAAGAAGUUAGUUUCUGAAGCAGAAGCUGAAACUUUGAAUGAUCGACGAAAGGAAGAAUCUCCUGUAGAUGAAGUGACAUAUCAGGCUGCAACAGAUAAAGAUUGCAAUGGAAGCCUGGAGCCCAAGGAUUUAGAAAUAGAUCAAAAUAUUGCCAUCAAUGUACUUGGUCUAAAGAAAGAAGUACCGAAAAGUGAAACUGGAUAUCAAACGGACGAGAGAGAACAAGUUGCUGUCACUAAGAGAUCAAUUGGAGUUCAAGUUGAUAUUUAUCCGGUUACUGUCAUCAAAGUAUCAAUUGGAGUCCAAGCUCCUGAUGAUCUCUAUGAAGCAUAUCGAGAUGAUGCUAUGGUGGAUACCAACUUUUUCCAGUUUGAAGACCUUCCUGAAGAUGGUGUUUUAAGUCAAGAUAUGGUUGAUGAAAUGCUUCCAGAGAAAAGCAAAGAGCAACUAUCGGAGGCUGAGAGUGAUAGCAUGAAUGUUGCAGACAAUCAGAACUUUGAGGAGAAAGUUGAAGUUGAGAGAUUCAAACUCUCAAGUUCCAUGGCUUCUGAUGAGGAACGAUAUUCAAGGAUGUGUAAAAUAAGUUUAGCUGAAAGCAAUUCUGCAGAAAUUCAGACAAUGGAAGUGGAAAACCCCAUCCAAGCAGAUAUAGAAGAAACACUCCCCUCGACAGACAAUAAGACCGAUUCCGAAUUGGAAAGCACACCAUUCCUUUCAGAAAGCAAGUCCAAGUCCAAGUCCAAGUCCAACCCAGAACUGCCAAGUGCCUGUGGCAAUCAGAAAUGGACAAUUGGAUCCAGGAGAACUGCCACUGAUGAGGAGGAAUUGAGGAGAUUCAACCCACGAGAACCAAAUUACCUGCCCCUGGUUCCUGACCCUGAUGCAGAAAAGGUUGAUCUCAGGCAUCAGAUGGAGGACGAAAGGAAAAAUUCUGAGGAAUGGAUGGUCGAUUAUGCACUCAGACAGGCAAUAACCAAACUUGCUCCUGCUAGGAAGAAAAAGGUGGCACUACUAGUUGAAGCUUUUGAAACAGUUAUACCAUCCCCUCAAUGGAAAAUGCAUCUUGGGCGUACUUCAUCAACUUUUGCUCUUGCAAGACCUAUUCAAGCUUGCAGCUGAUGCUAGUUCUUAAGGCAAAUAAGUGAUGUUUAAGAGCAAUCAAUAGAGGCAGAUUAUACUGCUGAAACUAUGAAGAAUAGAGCAUUAUGAUAGCUUGCAAGGCCCCAUGAGUUAUGAGUAAGCUGCUUCUGAGCCAUAGUCGAGUGCAGAUAAAGUGGUCGCUUAGUGAAGAGAUGUUUGAAGGAAGAAAGUGCUAAGCUAUGUGGUUGAUCAAGUGAAUGUGAAGCUUGUUGAAUUCAAAAUUAAGAAAUAACAGUACAAUUUAUGGCGUUCACUCAGUUUCUUUAACUGGAUGCCCAGGUCUAUCAUUAGUUGUUGCCGGGGGCACUAGAUCUCCAAACUUAAUUAUAUUUAUUUAGUAGUCUAAAUUAUCUACUAAUAAUCAUAACUCAUUCUUUGUCUAA